AUGGCGCAGAAGGCGAUUGAAGUGGUGGUUGUGUCCGCAAGGCGUACGCCCGUGGGCAAGUUUGGUGGGUCCCUGGCCGCGGUGCCCGCACAUGUGUUGGGUGCCAAGGUUAUCGGAAACUUGCUUGGUGACACAGUGGGCAAGGUGAGGAAUGAUAUGGUUGACGAGGUCAUCAUCGGACAGGUGCUUACCGCCGGCUGUGGCCAAAAUCCAGCACGGCAGGCAGUCAUAAGCGCUGGACUGCCGGAGACCUGUCCGGCCUUGACAAUCAACAAGGUUUGCGGGAGCGGGCUGAAGGCUUUGCACCUCGGGAUGCAGGCGAUUGCAUCAGGUGAUGCUCAAAUCGUGAUUGCUGGUGGUCAGGAGAGCAUGUCAUCCAGUCCGCACGUGCUGAACAAAAGCAGGGACGGACAAAGAAUGGGUGAUUGGAAGAUGAUUGAUUCAAUGAUCGUCGACGGGUUGUGGUGUGCCUUUAACCAGUACCACAUGGGUAUCACCGCCGAGAACGUGGCAGCCAAAUUUGGCAUUGACCGAUCUACGCAGGAUGCUUUUGCGACAGCAUCUCAGAAGAAGGCGGCAGACGCUCAGAAGGCGGGAAAGUUCAAGGACCAGAUCGUGCCCAUCCCCACUUCCAAGAAAGGUCAGGUCUUGGACCAGGACGAAUACAUCAAGGCAGACUCCACUGCAGAGCAGCUGGCAAAGCUGAAGCCCGCCUUCAAGAAGGACGGCUCGGUCACAGCAGGCAAUGCAUCUGGCCUCAACGACGGGGCGGCGUUAUGCUUGCUGAUGUCUGCGUCCAAGGCACAUGAACUGGGCCUCGAGCCCUUGGUCUACAUCCGCGGCUUUGCGAGCGCGGGUGUGGAUCCGAAGAUCAUGGGCACAGGCCCCAUUCCAAGCUCCAAGAAAUGCUUGGAGAAGGUGGGUUGGUCCGUUAAGGACCUGGACAUUAUCGAGGCCAACGAGGCCUUCGCGGCACAAGCGGUGGCCGUGAACAAGGAGAUGGGAUGGGACACAUCCAAAGUCAACGUCAAUGGCGGCUCGGAAGCCCCGGAAACGAGCCAGGAGGUCGCUAUCGACUCUUGGGACCGCCUGCAGGCGAUGGAAAGCGAAGUGACGCGCCUCGGAGAAGAGCUCCGUCGCGUGGAGGAGGAGCAGCAGCAUGCAGCUCGCCAGCGAGGCGACCUGCAGCAGGCGGAUAAGCUCCUGAUGGCUCGACUGUCCACGCUGGAAGGUGACAAAGCUCACACCGGCGUCCAAGUGCAGAAUUUGCAUGCACUCAUUUCAGCCCUUGACAGAGGGGCGCGUGGCCUUUCCGAGGACCUGACCUGUGUGGUGGAGGAGGUAGAACUGAGGCUUGCCAAGAUCGGCCAGGAGCUGUCCAGUCAGAGGUCUGCCUUGCAGCAGAUGACUUCGCCUUCUGCGCCGGCUUCGGCGUCUUUGCCAGUGUCAGCAGCAGUUCAGAGACUCUGCAGUUCCAAUCCCAGGAUGCAGCGAUCUGAAGCCACACGACUUUGCCAAAGCCUUCGUGCCUGGAGGGCUGCGGUGUGUUCCUCAGAGAGGCCACGGCUUGCUGCUUCGGACGCAGUUGCGGCCAUGCCGAUAAUUGAGCAGCACUUGCAGCAACGGUUUGAGUGGCUCGAACAACGGGCCCUACUCAGCGCUCGCUGCGAGGUGCUGCGCCAAAGAGAGGAACUUUGCCUGGCGGUUGGAACCGAGCUACACGAGGCAAACCAGGCCCACUUCCAGAUCGAUGAGGCGAAGGUGCUCAAACUAUCCGAGGGCCUCAGCGAAGUGCAGCAGAGGGUCGAGGAUGUGGAGGCAUCUUUGCCGCAGCUGGUGAGCAAAGUGAACGAAUUAGGCAACUCUCGGCCGGCACAGGCGGAGACACCGGCGGAGAAGGCUGUUGGCCAAGACCCCGAGUCCCUGAAUGCCGUGCGAGCAGACGUUGGCGCUGUUGCACGCAGUGUUGCCCAGUUGGACGAGGUCUUCAGGGAAGCGCUCGAGCUCAACGACAUCCGCGACUCGAAGGUCGAGGAGCUUCGCCAGGCACUCAGUGAAGCGGCAGAGACCUCCGCGCCAGCGGAAGAUGUGGUGGCCAGGCAUGCCGUGCAGGUGGUCUGGCGGAGCGUUGAGGAACUUCAGGAGGCCCUCCAGGAAGAGAGCCAGGCGUCCAAAGAAGACGUGGCCAAAGAUCUCCGCACUGUGAGGGAAGACCUGGAGCUUCUCAAGGAGCAAGCUCGACACCCUAGCCUGUCCAGAACCGUCGAGGAGUUGCAGAAGGAGUGCCACGGGACCUCUGAAGCACUUGGUCGAGUUGCAGGGCUUGAGGAGGAAGUGAAACACUUGAUAGCAUCACAACGGAGAAGCACCAAAGCUUCCACGGACGUCAACGACCUCCGCCACAGCUUGGCUGAGUUGCAGGAGGCAUUCAGAGAAGCGGAGCAGAAGGCUUCGGCGGAAGCUCACUGCCACGUUCAAGAACUCAGCGAGGCCGUGACGGACUUGAAGGUGGUUGCACAAGAAAGCACCAAAGCUUCCACGGAUGUCAACGACCUCCGCCACAGCUUGGCUGAGUUGCAGGAGGCAUUCAGAGAAGCGGAGCAGAAGGCUUCGGCAGAAGCUCACUGCCAUGUUCAAGAACUCAGCGAGGCCGUGACGGACUUGAAGGUGGUUGCACAAGAAAGCACCAAAGCUUCCACGGACGUCCACGACCUCCGCCACAGCUUGGCUGAGUUGCAGGAGGCAUUCAGAGAAGCGGAGCAGAAGGCUUCGGCAGAAGCUCACUGCCAUGUUCAAGAACUCAGCGAGGCCGUGACGGACCUGAAGGUGGUUGCACAAGAAAGCACCAAAGCUUCCACGGAUGUCAACGACCUCCGCCACAGCUUGGCUGAGUUGCAGGAGGCAUUCAGAGAAGCGGAGCAGAAGGCUUCGGCAGAAGCUCACUGCCAUGUUCAAGAACUCAGCGAGGCCGUGACGGACCUGAAGGUGGUUGCACAAGAAAGCACCAAAGCUUCCACGGAUGUCAACGACCUCCGCCACAGCUUGGCUGAGUUGCAGGAGGCCUACCGCGACACUGAGCACGCGGCGGUGUCAGAUCCGAGUGCAGAUCACGACUCGCGCAAGGUCGAGGAGAUGCCAGAGGAUCUGCAGAUCCAAAGCAGUCUCGAGGGCGCAUCUGAGGCUCCAGCUUCGCCGGUGCCUGCGAUCUACCAAGGGAAACCGCGCGAUGUUCGGCCGCGGCCACAUGCAAACGCGGGGACGCAAGAUGGCUCGUGCGAGCGCUGUGCAUCAGGCUCCGCAGCUGGUGAGACUCUGUCGACAAAUCCGGCCAUGGCCAGCUCCUUUGACGUCGAGCACUCGCUCCUCGCCGUUCCGGCAGAGACAGAGGAACAUUCCGAUGCGAUGUCCGUCCUGCAGGAUGAAUUGAAGCUCGUCGCUUUCGAGGCACAGCGGCAACGCCGCCAGAGCAUUAAGAUGCACGCCGAGCUUGGGCAGGCCCUGGCGAGCCUGGAGGAGCAGCGCCUCCAGCACGGCCAUGCAGAGGAGGAGCUUUGGGCACAUCUCCAGGUCCACGAAUGCCGACAGCGGGACAUGCAGGGCGAAGUCCAGAGCGCCUUCGCCGAGCUGGCUGCCCUGCAGUCAGGAGCGAAGCCGUCGGUCGAGGCAGCCCUGGCGAGCCUGGAGGAGCAGCGCCUCCAGCACGGCCAUGCAGAGGAGGAGCUUUGGGCACAUCUCCAGGCCCACGAAUGCCGACAGCGGGACAUGCAGGGCGAAGUCCAGAGCGCCUUCGCCGAGCUGGCUGCCCUGCAGUCAGGACUCGCAACCGCCGAACGUGCGAUGAGGGCGGGAGUAUCGCUCCGCAUGGUAGGUGGCUUGGCUUGCUUGCAGGAGCGAAGCCGUCGGCCCUGGCGAGCCUGGAGGAGCAGCGCCUCCAGCACGGCCAUGCAGAGGAGGACGCCUUGGGCCGCUGACCUGCGGGUGCUGCAUGGUUGCGGGGGAGCAGAUGAGCCGUGGUCGAAGUUCCGCCUGCUUCCAUGCUCGGCUCAAGUCGAGAAUCGGUUUCCAUGUGUUCUUCUCGACAAGACCGAGAAGAUGAAGAUUCGUCAGCGUUUCACUUUCCUUGAGUUUAUCGAUGAAGAGGAUGUGCAACCGUCCUUGAGGCGAUCUUGGAGUCUUCCUUGGUCCUUCGCGCCCUGCGCUCCCUUUGCCGAAAACAUCUCCAACAUGCAAGGGCACGUCAAGGAAGCCUGCGGGAAGAUCUCGCAGCAUCAACCAGAUGAGCAGCACAGUGAAGGCAGCAUCGGCCAUCCUCGGUUGUGUUCUCGGCCGUGUGUUCACAUUGUCAAAGGCGGUAAUUGUCCUCUCGGGCCAGAUUGCACCUUCUGCCAUUUGCCUCAUCAACGUCCACGUGAGCAAAAGCUUACCAAGAAAGCCCGGGCUCUCACGCAAAGCAUGCCAAAGUCUGAUUUCAUCAGAAUGAAUUGGAGGCUCUUGCAUGGCAAGCUGCUGGAUUUUGGGCCAGAGGCUCUGCAGACUGUGCAUGCCAUCCUGUCGGAGGAAAUACUGCAGGAAGAUGACGAAGCCAUUCUGAGCAAAAAGGCGCUGAGCCCCGAACAGGUCUGGAAGCUGCAGAGAAGCAUCCAUGACACGCACAUGAACUUGGCAUCGCUGCUGAUGUUCACUGCACGGCGCUCCGGCGAUCACACCAAAGAUCGCCUGCGCGAUGUGGUGGAACAGAUGCGGAUUCUGUGA